AUGACCAUACCUAGGUUGGAGCUGUGUGCUGCCUUACUGCUCGCCAAGCUAGUUGCCAAGGUAGCUCCAACGCUGAAGCUGUCUUUCGAUGGAGUCAAGUUGUGGUCGGACACCCAAAUCAAGCAUCUGACCGAUCGUUACCAAUGGAGUUACGUGAAUACUUUGAAUAACCCAGCUGACAUUGUUUCACGGGGAAUGCCGCCAGACUUGCUGAAGCAGUGUAGCUUGUGGUGGAAUGGACCAACAUCCCUCAGCACAACCGAGUACGAAGUGGAGGCGAUUACAGAGAUUCCUGAAUGUGAAAUCCCCGAGCUGAGGGAAGUGACCAUCGCAAAUCCAGCCAUAGAAUCGGAGCCGGUCUUUGAACGGUUCAGCUCAUUCACCAAAUUGCAGCGGGUUCUGGCACAGGUGGUUCGAUUCGUCCGACUAGUUCGAACACCUAAGAAGCAGAGGAUGCUAUCCAGUGCCUUGACCGUUCAAGACAUGCGAAAGGCCGAGAUUUUCAUCGUUAGAAUUCUGCAGCAGAGUGAACUUCAUGAGGAGAUCCAGAGUAUCCAGCGAGGCGAUUUCCCGAAACGAAUGGCCAACUUGCAGCCGUUUAUCGACGACGAAGGAUUACUACGAGUCGGAGGGCGCUUGCAAAACUCCAAGCUGCCUUUCGAAGCCAAGCACCAGUUGCUGCUCCCUCGGAAACAUCGUGUUACGGAAAUGCUGAUACGCAAAUACCAUGAGGACCGUCUACACGAGGGCCAAUCCGGAUUAUUGGCCGCCAUUCGGCAAAAAUUUUGGUUGACGAAUGCACGAUCUGUUAUACGUAAGGUGGUUCACGGCUGUGUUAAAUGUUUCCGGACGAAGCCACGGAGCAUCCAGCCUCUGAUGGGUGUGCUACCUGAAGCACGAGUCACCGAGCAUGCGCCAUUCGAGCUGACCGGCGUGGACUAUGCCGGACCGAUACUUGUGAAGGAAGGCAAACGCAAGCCGAAGGUAGUGAAGGCGUACAUCUCACUAUUCGUAUGCCUGUCAACGAAAGCCAUCCACCUCGAAUUAGUAUCCGACCUGACCUCUGAUGCUUUCCUUGCCGCUCUCGACCGUUUCAUCAAUCGCCGCGGUCUUGUCCGCAAGCUAUUUUCGGACAAUGGGACCAAUUUUGUCGGGGCUUUGAAGGAGCUUCGACAUCUACGUGAUAUGUUCAACGACCAGGUGGAGCGGAACAAAAUCAACGACUUCCUGAUCGGCCGAGAAGUUGAAUGGGAGUUUAUUCCGCCGAGAUCACCGAACUUCGGAGGAUUAUGGGAGGCCGGAGUGAAGAUAGUGAAGUCCCAUCUCACCAGAACUCUCGGGAAUACAACUCUAACGUUCGAGCAACUCAGCACUGUGUUGACCCACAUCGAAGCGAUUGUCAACUCUCGACCGCUAUAUUCCACAUCAGAUGAUCCCAACGACCCUCAACCGAUAUCGCCUGCACAUCUAAUGCUUGGUCGACCAAUGGAACCGGUGAUCAAGCCAUCGUAUUUGGAUGUACCAGCAAACCGCUUAACCAAAUGGCAGUAUCUGAACCAGAUGAGAGACCACUUCUGGAAAAAAUGGUCUCGAGAAUACCUUUCAACUCUACAAUCGAGAGCAAAAUGGACGAAGAAACAGCCCAACGUGAGGGUCGACACCGUCGUUUUAUUGGCCGAGGAUAAUCAACCAGCACAGACUUGGAAGCUUGGAAGAAUCAUCGCCGUCUACCCAGGAAAGGACGGUAUCGUUCGUGUUGUUGACGUCAAGACAACCGCUGGUGUAUACCGUCGUGCAGUAAGCAAACUAGCCCCGCUUCCCUUGCAAGAAACCGACGAGCAACAGUCAUCUAAGUUGGAAUUGCAUUCCAACGGGCGGGACUAUGUUCGCGCACAUGCGCUCCCAAUGAAGGCAGCAGCAUGCGAGGCUGCGCGGGCACUAACACCAAUCAACGCAUCCGAGUCGUCAUCGACCACCGACGCGGCGCUCACACACUCACCCGAGCCGACGGAACAGAAGCUACCUGCGCUGCGAGAGA